AUGACGCCGGGCCUCGUGCUGCGACCGGCGCCACCAGUGCUCGCGCGGGAGUUUGCCACGCGCAAGCAGAACUUCCUGCACAAGCCGGACAAGAGCCCGAAGGGCGCCUGGGACCCGCGCGUCUGCGAGAUCUGCGAGGCGCUGAACCGAAGGGAGGACUUCUUCACCACCUCCUCCUGUUCGGGCCGAUGCUUCCUGUGGCGAGGACGGCACCACCAGCAGGGUGGCCGAGGCUUCCAGCGCCUGCGCGUGAGCCACGGCCCGGUCCAGGAGGACUUCUUCGACCUCAGUGGGUUGACAGGGGAGGGCUGGGGGCCCGUUUGGCUCUCGGUCCAGGCCUUCAUCCUCCAUGUGUGCUGCCGGCAGCUGCGGUCUGCGAAGGAGCUGAUUGCCAAGGCUGGCAGGCAUUUUCAGCUGGCGGGGCUGUACUCCUGGCGCCAGGCGGGGGGCAAGUUCAUGGUGGAGAUCCAGGGCGCUGAGCACAUGGAGUUUCCAGUGAGCCGUGGGGGGCGGGCGCUGUUUGCGGGCCGGGAGCGCUGGCUGCAGAAGGUGGUCAACCAGAGGCUGCGGCAGAACUGGGCGCAGAUGGCCGGCUUCUUGCGGGAGCUCCGGGCUUGGAUGCCCGAGCGGGGGCUGCCUGAAGCAGGCGCUGUGGAGGAUGCGGGGCCGCGGUGCCGAGGCAUCGCGACGGACGACACCGCAGCAGCCAAGAUCCGUGCUGAGCUGGCCCAGCGGCAGGGCCUUGCCAUCUGUGGCUGCCAGCCUGCCCGCCUGCGAGUCCAGGACCCGGGCCUCGCCGAGCUGAGCCAGCAGGAGAGGGACGUCGUAGGCAUGGCCACCCCUGAGCAGCAGCGCCGCAUUGAUGCCGAAGCGCGGCUGCUGCAGGCGGUCGUGAACGAUGACGUGGAAGGCCUGGCACCUAUCCUCCAUGGUGACGUGCCGAUGAAAGAUCUGCUGCGCCUCCGCGUCAAGCCCACCUACAACGACUGCACGGAUGACACGGGCUUCUACCACUCGAUCGCCUCCUUCGGCCUCAGCUUCGGUCUUGGCGAGAAUGCGGCGCAGCUUGCGAGGAGGAAUGACAGCAUGGAUGUGGCGGUUGCACUGGAGGCAGUUGCGGAUGGCGAGGGCCGCGGGCUCUACGAAAGACUCGCCAUUGUCAACGCGGAUCCGGGUGCAGACGACAACUUGGCUGCCGCUGCAACAGCAGCCGGCACCUACGACCUCACGAUGUUCAACCCAUUGCCUGCCGUGGCAUAUGUGGCAGACUUCCCCAUCGCCACCCUGCCCGCUGACGGGACCCGCGUUCAACUGCAGGACAGCGCAGGCAACUCUGCCUGGGCCACACUGGCCCCCGUGGUGCCAGGGCCCUGCGUCACAACAGCCGGCAGCCCCAACUGCUGGCAGGCUGUUCGGGUUUACAACCCGAAUGGCGACGUUCGCCUCUACCUGUCAGCGCCGGGCGUGACGGCGCCAGGAGUGGGCGCGUGGGUAGCCGCGGCCCAGACACUGGUCGUGCCAGAUGCGACAGUGCCGGUGGGCGCACAACUGGGCUCGACCGCCGUGACGUCUGUGACGGAGCUGGAGGUGCUGGAGUCAGAAAUGGAGCAGCGGGACGCAGGCUGGGCUGAGCCAAAUGGUGUCGGCUUGCAGAGCCACCAGUAUCCGGUGGUGCCCGUGUCGUCGGCAAGGGGCUGGGUUUACCUCGAGAACCACGCCUCGGUCCCCGGCAAUGCGAGGCGACUAGUUGACCAGGCCGUCUUCUCGCGCCGGCCUCCUUCUUCAACGAUGACAAACAUGGUCCUGUCUGCGGCCACCGGGGUGGUCGACGUGACGUACACGAGCAGGCAGGCACACUGGAUGUCCCUGUCCAGGGGCCGCGCCAACCAGACAGUCCUGGCAGGGCCCAUGUGGGUCGACUCCGGAGCCCGCCCUCCGGCAGUCAACUCCUGUGUUGUUAACGGCAGCAUGACCCCCUGCCCUGGCAUGGAGAGGCACAGACAUGCAGGCCUCGCUGCAGAAGCGGAGCUCCUGGCAGCUAUUCGGAGUGACAGCGGCGAGCAGGUGCGGCAGAUCAUGAAGAAGAGCCUCGACCGGCACCUUUUGGCUGAGGCGGUCGUGAAGGACACCUACCAUGAUGCUGCGGACCAGGGGGCCAUCUACCACCUCGUGGCCUCCUACGGGCUGAAGUUCCAGAUCGGUGACACGCUCUACGACUUGGCCAAGCGCAAUGACUGCAAGAAUGCUGAGUUGGCCCUCAGGCGCUGGAAGUCGAUACGGCUCGCGCGGCUGGACGACGACCCGUUCACGGCCACUGGGUCGAUGGCCGCUGGGCCGACUGCGCCGACGGGCCCACCCCCGCCCCGGACAGACGCUCCGAUGGACUUGAAGGUCCACCUGACCAACGCGAUGACUGGGGCGGAUGUCUGCACGCUCAGUGCCAGCAGCCAGUGGACCAUCGCGCUCCUCGCGCGUGCAGCGGCCUCCGAGGUUCCCUCACCAGGCGGCUGCCGCCUCUUCCUUAAGGGUGCUGCCGCGCUGACGGCGGGAACGGUGCUGGCAGACUUGCAGGAGGAAGACGCAGAGAUCGUGCAGCUGUCUACCGUCGUGAUGAGUGCCGUCGACGGCAUCUACGCUGCCACGGUCAAGUUAGGGGACUUCCCCCCCGACCCGGGCCACGCAGCCGGUCGGCGCUUGAUUGGCGGCGUCGUCAGGGGCCGUGACCCCCCAGCUCGCAUCGGCCUUAAGCUGGAGAAGGGCGGCGAAGCCAGUUUCAUCUACAAGAAGCACCCCUUCGACCGAGGCCAUUGUGCGCCGCCGUCGGGUGGCCACUGGGUGCGUGCCACGGGCACUUGGACGUUCAGUGUCCCUGGAAUACAGGUGGUUUUGACGGACGGCAGGGAAGGCCAUUUUCAGCGAGGCGUAUCCUCAGAGGAUGGUCGCUUCCGACAAGAGCAGGUCAUCCUCUUGGCCAUGGUGAAGGAGGGCCAGUUCGACGUCGUCCGGAGUGACGGUCGCCAUCCAGGUGGCUCGCGAACUCCCACGGUGCCGGCGGGCACCGCUUUGGUUAAGCAGGAGGCUGCGGACGGGGCGGCGAUUGAUUUCGACCGGCUGUUCGGCAGAGCACUCUGA